GUUUUCAAGGGUAACAGUGGUUCGCGAUCGCAACAAGUGUGCGUCGGCGUAGGGCGCGCGUCCCAGCCGCCGAUGACGCGGGUUCGCGCCAAAUCGCCUGCAGUGGUGGGAAAAACUUCGCGCGAGCGGGACACGGCUCGACUCGGACCUGCAUACACAAAAAAACCACGAUCUUAAACACGAUAAAACGUAACACUUAGUAAGAAAAACGCGAUUAGUUCUGCAUUUAAACUCUUGGAAAAACCCUGAAAUUUCAACCAUGUAUCAAAUCUCGGUGAAAAUGUUAUUCGUAUCAGGAAAACUCAAUUAUAAAUACUUGACAAUAUUUGAUAAUGUUAUUGUAAACUAAACCCGAAUUAUGGAUGUGCGAUUGGUUCAACUGUUGCGUUACUUUAAAACGUGUAUGAAGUUUAAACAAUUGGUAAAGUGGUAAGGAUAUUGGGCAAUCCACGACCGGUAUGAGCGAGAAAAACGUGUCGACGACGGGUUCGGCAGACCCAGGGCCCCACCGCUCGCCCACUCCUGAGAUACACGCAACGUACACAUCCCUUGAACUGCUGGUGGCAUUGGUGGCCAUCGUUGGCAAUGCUAUGGUGAUCCAUGUGUUCCGCCGCGAUAGAAGACUGCGCCGUCGAACGAACUACUACAUAGUUUCUUUAGCUAUUGCGGACUUGUUGGUGGGUCUGCUUGGUAUACCCUUCGCGAUAUUGGCUUCAGUGGGUCUGCCGAGGAACCUCUACGCCUGCCUCUUCACGACGUCUAUCCUGGUGAUGCUGUGCACGAUCAGCAUCUUCUGCCUGGUGGCGGUGUCCGUAGACCGCUACUGGGCCAUUCUGCAUCCGAUGUGCUACUCGAGAAACGUUCGCACGAAGACAGCAAUUCUAAUGAUCUCAGCAUGCUGGGUAGCAGGCGCUGGAGUGGGCCUGCUGCCGCUGUUCGGCUGGCACGCUGGCGACAAGGACCCGCCGCCUCCAGGGUGCUACUUCGUCGAGGUCAUGGACUACAACUACCUGCUGUUCCUCUACUUCGCCACCAUUGUGACCCCUAGUGUGCUGCUUGCGGCGUUCUACGCACACAUUUAUAGAGUAGUUGUUAAACAGAUGAGCGCGGUAGUAACCGUCGAAGGAAGCCACGGACGAGGCACCAUGUUACGGGUCCUAGGAGCAGCCCAGAAGCGAGAAGUCAAAGCUACUCAAAAUCUGGCUAUCAUAGUUUUCUUCUUUAUAGUCUGUUGGAUACCACUGUACACAAUCAACGCAAUCAAGGCCUUUAUGCCCGAAUUAGAUAUUCCUAAUCCACUCACUUACUUUUGUAUCGUUUUUUCCCAUCUAAAUUCAGCAGUGAAUCCAUUGCUGUACGCCUACCAUUUAAAAGAUUUUCGAGCAGCCUUGAAAGGUCUUAUUUGUACUGUAUUAGGUAGAGGUGUACCUCUACCUGCAGCAUAUAGGCCACCAGUACCUCUAAGAAGACCGGCGUUAGAAAGAUGCAAUGCAUACAGGGAGAGACCCAGGGUGUACGUCAACUCGCCAGUUUGGCUAAGACAGAAGGAAGCCGAACUAGUGGCUACACAAGAUAGAAGCAAGGUUGUAUCUGUUUCGAGAGUUAAUCCAGAUUUAGAACCGUUUUUGAAUAGAAAUACCAAUGAGAAUUCUAGUGGAAGACACACUCCAGAAGGACGUGAGGGCAAUAACGGACCAUAUCUCAUAGAAGCUAGUCAAGGAUGUCAAAGUCCGUAUAAGAAAGUAGAGGAAUUUAUUCGAAGAGUGCGUAGCGUCAGCUCUGAGCACAGCUGACAUGAGGCAAGCCGGGUGCCCUCGGCUUAUAGUGUGACGUAAAAAAGCUUUAAUUUAUUUUAAGUAUAGAGGACUUUGUAUAUUCUAUUAAACUAAUUUAAUAAUUUAAAACAACUAUUUUAUAGUAGACUUAAUAUUAUGUAAGUAUACUUAUGUGACAUUCUUGGACAUAAUAUUUUUAGAUAAGCUGUUUAUAAAAGAGAAUAGCAUAUGUAUUGAAAAACUGAAAUUUAAUGUAUCGAGAUUAUUCAUGUUAAUGUGUUUAUGUCAUGUGAUUA